UAAAAACAUGAAAUCUCACGAAAAAUCUGAAGACAAGAUUGAAGAUACUAAACAGUCAAACAAGGGAAAAUCUUUGAAGCGUAAGAGGAGUAAUGAGGCCCUUCCUUCCGACGAACGAAAUAAUAAAGAAAACGGAAGCAAUGCAUCCAAAAAAAAUAAGAUAGAACCAAAAUCAUCAAAAAAUAAAAAUAUUUCAGUCAAGACAGAUAGCUCAGUUACGAAGGCAAUUACUCUUGCGAUAACAGAUAAUACUUAAGCCACUGAGAGGCGUAAUAUACUGCAAGAAAUAGAAAAAAAUAAUAAGACCGAUUCACUCUCCCUUUUGAAAUCAUCGUUAUCACAUGAUGAAGAUAUUUCACUAUUACCUGAAUGUAGUAAUUCAUCGGAAAUGCAUGAUAUAAAGGGAAAAAAUCCAAUCACUCCUGCAAAAACCAAUACGUCAAAAAACGAGAAUAAUAACUCGUGUAAUCAUUCCAAUAACAAAUUAACAAAUGAUUCAAAGAAGAAAAGGUAUGUUGUGAUGGAAAUUAAUUUUAAUUCUUAGUAAAUAUAAAAUUUUUACAUGAAUUUCAUUAAUUAUAAUUAAAUUCAA